UACAGGCAAAAGAUUAAUCUUAAUAACCUAAUUUCUGGGCCUUUAAUUCAAGCAAUAAUGUUGCACACAAAAUGAACACACAAAAAGUGCUCAGAGGAGAUAACACCACUAGUGGCAGCCCCCGGGCCCCGCCGCGCUGCGCCCAGCCCCUCCGCGCAUCCUUCAGGACGCGGCUGUAGCCGGUGACCGCAGGGCUCGCAGGCGGCCGGGCUGUGGGCUGGCGGCAGCAGCUCGCUGUGCUUCGUGACAUCAUUCCUGGAGCUCAGAUCCCCUUCGGAGCGCCUUCCCGGCCGGGUCUGGGGGGUCUGCCCGCUCUGGCGGAGCGAGGACCCUCCCGCAGAGGGGCGGGCAGCUCCCCGGGCGGGGCGAGGCGCAGGGCUGGAGGGGAGAGUCGGGGGACGAGCAUCCUGAGCGGCGGAACGAGCGGAGGAGCUCCACUAUGAAAUUCAUCUCUGCCUGUUACUUGCUGCCUCUCUUUCCUGCGCUGGUCUUAAGCUCUAGACAGGGCUAUGAAGAACUGGAAAGACAGCUGAAAGAAGUCUUUAAGGAAAGGAGCAAUAUCCUUCGUCAACUGUCGAAGACUUCUAAAGAACUUGAGGGAAUUAAAGUAAACCUCCAGUCUUUGAAAAAUGAUGAAGCAUCAGCCAAAAAUGAUGUGCAGAAGCUUCUGGAACUGGGCCAAAAGCAAAGGGAAGAAAUGAAAUCUCUCCAGGAGGCCUUUCAAAAGCAGCUUAAUGAGGCAGCUGAGAAAGCAGAAAAGCAGCAGGCUACUAUUAACUUUUUGAAGACUGAAAUGGAAAGGAAGAGCAAAAUGAUCCGUGACCUCCAGAACGAGAACAAAAGCCUCAAAAACAAGCUCUUGUCAGGAAACAAGCUUUGUGGUAUUCAUGCAGAAGAGUCAAAAAAGAUCCAAGCCCAGCUGAAAGAGCUUCGCUAUGGGAAAAAGGACCUGAUUUUUAAGGCACAACAGCUAACAGAUCUGGAGCAAAAACUAGCAGUUGCAAAAGAUGAACUGGAAAAAGCAGCCCUUGACAAAGAGUCACAGUUGAAAGCUCUGAAGGAGACCGUGCAGCUUUGCCUGUCUUCUGUUCUGCACAAUCAGCCUCCUGCUAUGAAUCUAAUCCCUUCAAAGCCAGCUGAGAAGCUGACAUCCCCAGUUACAAAGGGCUCAAAAGUUCCAUUCCAAGUGACAAGCACCAAGGUUGGCAAGAUGUGUUUGGGGAAUCGCAAUAAUUCAACAUCUUGUUUGAAGACAGCAGAAACAGAGACAAGCUUCCAGAAGUUGCAUAGCCCUCCGUGGACAAAACCUGAAGAUAAAAAAUCACCUGAAAGAAAUGAGAAAAAAAAUGAAGAGUCCGUUAGUACAAAAGAAAAGAACCUCUAAGCACAACUAAUCUACAUUAAAAAUGCCCAUUACUUGCUUCCAUCUUCAUAUUCUUUUUAGUCCAGAGGCAUGAAAUGUACCAGGUUUCUAAAGCAUGCGUUUUUCACUACUUUAUGAAUGUUUGUAAAUUAGUCUAGAAUAGACCAAUUAGUACCUUCCAGCAAUAAUCCAAAAUGGAUGUUUGAAGAAAUGCUUUGUAAUACAGUCCAGUUUUCAAACUCUUGUUCUACCUGAUAAGUAAUUGUAUACUGUAAAUUAGUUUCUUUGUAAACAACAGCCGUUCUCAAGUAUUUUCUCAGUUUAUUCUAUUUCAUGUACCUUUAUGGCAGAUUAGGUUUUAAAUCAAGUUAAGAAUUAAGGGGCAGUUAAGGGGGGGGGGGGGGGGGGAUCUGUGUAAACAUAGCUGAAGUACAACUCAUAAGAGCAUCUGUAAAAAUGGAACAGUGGGGGGUCCAUGUAUACCUACCUUUCAGUAAUACCAUUUCAAAUCUGCUUACUUAAAACAAUAAAAGAUGUUUGUUUGGUUGUUUUUUUCUAACGGCUAUCACAACUGCUCUUUUUUUAACAUUCAAGCAUUGACAGAAAUACAGAGUUAAAGGGUUGGAGAUAGAGUCAUGGCUUUUAGGAUUCAAGCAAAAAAUUUUGCAGGUGGAACCGAGUUAAAAUUUUAUAGUUUGGGUACCAGUCGUGGGCAGUUUCAUCCCUUACAUUUGUGCUGAUCUCAGCAAGAUAAAUAUACUUUAAUUGGUAAACCUGGGUUGUGUUCCCUACGGGUGGCCUUUGGUCACUCCAGCAGAGAUGUGCGGUUUGGUUGGGGUAAGCUCUGUGCUCCUAGGGUUCUUCCAGUUUCUCAUGGGUCACAUAUUCAAUGACAAGAAAGCAAAAAGGAAGGGAGGAGAAGGAAGAAUGUUUUUGUUUCCUUGUGUGUGUGUCAUUAUUGGUCUAAUUUAGGAAUUCAUAUGCUUCAUCUUGUCGAGAUGCAAAUCUUUCAAGUAGUGCCUUCAGAACAGGUAAUGGCCUGAUGCAAUGCUCCUACACUUUCCUUCUGUGUGAAGUGUUUUAAGCCACCAUGACUUGUAAACUCCACCCUCCUCUUACUGCACACAGCCGUGCAUUACAACUUUUACUAGACUGACAGUAGUUUACUUACAUUAGUUUGCUUUUCCUUGCUUCUGAGUCAGUUUAAAAAGCAAACAGAAAAAUCUUAUUUCAUUCAGUGGUGCUGUCUGCUUUAUUUUUGUCUUUUAAGAUUUUACCUGUCCUUCAACAGUCUCAUCCAAUAAGUCUGUUCUUUGCUGGUGUGAAAAAUAUUUCACCUUGACAUCUUGUAUAUGCUCCUCUUGUCAAAGGCAGAU